AUGACGCGCCCGCAGAUUAUCCGAGCCGACUCGAUUGAUCUCCAGGACCAAAAUUCCCCGUCGGCACAGGACCACACCCGGCAACCUACAAGCCCAGGCGCUCUAGGCGUAGGACCCCCAGCGCCACAUCAGGCAGAGGCUUUGCGAGAAGUAGCGGUAGAGGCCGCGGAAGAGAAUCACAGAAGUCCAAGAGUGUCGAAGGAGUGGUCAAAGGGGGAUGUCCAUCAAGCACAGCAAUACGGCGACGAGCUGGCAGCGAGGGUGACGUCAAACUUGACCGGCACCAAUCUCCAACAACAAGACGAUCUGGCCAUUGCGCAGAAUGGAGGUUCAACAAGCGAAGAUGCCGACAUGGCAGACGCGGAGGGCGAUGAUCUGAUGGAUGAUGAUAUGAUGGACAAGAUCUCCAGCUCUCCCUCAAUCGAUGAUGGUGGGUAUUCCCUUCCGCACUUGUGGCCCCAGCGAGGCGAUUCUCUUUCGCAGAAUAAUCCGAUCGGUUCUCCCUCGUUUCCACAAGCGUGCUACGAGAGUUCAUCCCCUUUCGUGGAGACACCGGAUCAUUUCCCUCUAAGACCUCAGCCUGAUCCCAUCGACAAGGACGAUGGUCAAAGUAGCCAGGCUAAGCGGCAUCGUUUUCGUCAUUUUCUUGGUGAGUAUCUGGACGGCACCGGCAGCGAAUCCAACUACGAGGACCAAACAGCCGAGACUUCCCCCCUUCAUACAGGUCCUGGAUACCGGCCCGUCGAAAGUUACGAUAACGAUUUUGACCUCGAUUACUAUAGCGAUCAACUAAUAGCAGACGAUCUCGCCCUACUCAGCGAGGACUUAGAGCCUGGUGUGGGAGACUCAACAGAACUCCCUGGCGAGCGACCCAUCGAGCAAGAAAAUCCCACAGGCGACGAAAUAGGAAUAACCAUACCCUACGAAAGUUCCGAGGAUGAAGAUGACGAUUACGAAAUUCCUUAUUCUGCUGACUCUAGAUUUGUUGAUUCGGGUUGGGGUGGUGAAAGCUUACAAGAACUAGAGGACAUCGAUUUCGAAUUCGUCUAUGCGUUACACACGUUUGUCGCAACUGUUGAAGGCCAAGCGAAUGCUACUAAGGGUGACACUAUGGUGCUGCUUGAUGACAGUAAUAGCUACUGGUGGCUUGUCAGAGUUGUCAAGGACAGUAGUAUUGGAUAUUUGCCAGCAGAACAUAUCGAAACGCCGACAGAACGACUAGCUCGUUUGAACAAACACAGGAAUAUUGACCUCACUUCAGCAAUGCUGGGAGAUCAAGAAGUGAAACCGAAAAAUCCACUCAAGAAGGCUAUACGCAGACGGAAUGCUAGGACUGUCACGUUUGCAGCCCCAACAUAUGUGGAAGCUUCGGAUGUCGAUUAUUCAACAGACGAGGAAGACGGAGAAGGUGAUUACUAUGGCCAGAACGGGCAGCAAGAUCAAAAUGUGGAGCAUCAGGACCAAGAAAUUGUGGAGGAGGAGAUCAAAAUCGCCGAGCCAUUGGACGCACGACCCGACAUCCGAGAAGUUGGGUCAGAAUCGGCAGAGCCAGAUGUCGAUAAAGACUCCGCAAGCAAGCCCAGCUCUGACAUCACUCGAUCUAGUGAUGAGUUCUUCGAUGGGAAGAUAGAGAGUAAAUCUCGAAAUGGUACCCUGAGGAAUACGGACUCCUUCUUCAAGGACGAUUCUGUGGAGACGAGGAAGAUCACACUCACUCCCAAUCUACUCAGAGAUGAUUCGAGCUCGUCUACGAGGACGUCCAACGAAUCCAAGGAACAGAAGCAACGUGCGAGUCUAGAUAAGCUUGAGAAAGAUUCCCCAGAGAAGUCCAAAGACAGGAAAGAUAAGAAAGAUAAGAAGGAGAAGGAGAAGAAACCAGGCAUGCUCAGUGGCCUUUUCAAACGGAAAGAGAAGAAAUCGAAAAUCUCGUCAAUUGACGAGGAAAUUGAAGAGCUUUCUGAGAAGAGGUGGAACGAUAACCAAAGGGCGUCCCCUUCGCCCAGCAAAGAACUCGAGGAAAACCCACCUACUGAGGCUGCGGUAGUUUCUCAGACUCUUGAACGUAAGGCGAGUAAACAGCAGCAACCGUCCCGAACAGAAUCGUCACCCAUCCAAAAGGGGGCACAGUCUAGACAGCCCAUAGUUGCGGAACCAGUCCAAGCGCCUGCCCCUGAAAGGGCACCACCAGCUGAAUCGGCUCCAGCGCCCUCGAUGCGUAUUGUCAAAUCAGAGCCAUCGAGCGAGGAUCUUUCGCAGCAACGAAUUGUCUCCCCUGUACUUACUAAAGCACAGCAACCCCAGGGUGCUUCUCCCGAAGCUACCCUCAGUCGGAAUACUUCUGAGGCUGGCAUGGGCCAGGCUAUACCCGCAUCACAGAAAGAACAGAAGGCGGGUGGCAAGAUCUCCAAGAUACUUCGCUCGGCCAAUCCCAGCACUUCUGAGCCACGCCCUGUCAAGGCAAAGAAAGCCAAAUCUCGCGUGGAGCUGGAUGACUUCGAUUCGUCCAGUGAGGAUUCUUUGGUGGAAGAGCCUGCUGGUGAGCCAAGUAAACAGAGUCAACGUCCGGUUCCUGGAAGCUUUCCAGACAGCUCUAUUUCGACAACUGCCACGGAACGAUCUACUUUUGCGGAUGAGAGACUUUCCGAGUCUCCGGUGCAAGCGUCUCCCGGUAUAUCCUCGGGAUCAUACCCACCGGCUCUCAUGGUCGAUUCAUCAAGUCAAGAAGAUCAACCUUCACCUGUAUCAUCGCCUUCACCAGAAUUGAUAGAUGCAGACGAUGUACGAGAGAAGAAAGGUACGGGGAGCUCUACAACCUCCACGUCAACCGCAACAUGGAGCGAUGCACAUCUGCGAACAUUCUUUGAUGAUGAUGCGGACAUCAAAGACCUGCUGGUGGUGGUAUAUGACAAGUCAGGGGUAGUCCCUGCCGGGCCCGACCAUCCAAUUAUGGGAAGUCUCUUCAAGGAGGAGAAUGCGAAGCUGGCGGACAUAACCAAUCGCCUGGAUGGAAUGCUUGGAGACUGGCUGGCUCGCAAAAUGCGAACGCAAAGCUCGAGGAUUCCUGAAGGCGAAGCGUCUGAUUUCUCCGUCUCGUACCGGCUGGCGGGCGGCAGUGGGCAACCGGAAAAGGGGGGCUGGGGCCAAGUCCCGACGGCGUGGGCAACAUGGGGAUCAGUCUAUACCAUAUUGGAUGAUGUGUUCUUCAAAGCUGUAUCAGUAUUUCCAGACACAGUUUCCCGUACUUCUCGACGUCCUCAAGCAUGGGAUGUUGCUUCUAUUGUUGCAUUCUGUCUCACGUUGAUCCCAAUCAAUCCCUGGUUCGUGACAUGGUCAUAG